UUUUUGCGCAGUGCUGUAGUGCUGUCCCGUGAAUCAGCCACUUACUGAGAGAGAGAGAGAGAGAGAGAGAGAGACGCCUUCGCGUUGAUAUUUUGUACCUGAAAACACGAAGACCAGCUGAGGUAAAAUUGUCAACGAAGCUAAAAGGCUAAAGCAGCACCGCAGGACAGAAGCUCUUUCUGCGGUACAAUUCUUCCCAGUCUCUCACGACUUCGGCUUUUCUCGUCGCUCCAACCGUCGAAAUGUCUGCCCCAGAUGCUGCUGCCGGAGCCCCAGAGGGGGAGGGAGGACCAGGAGGACCACCCCCAAACACCUCCAGCAACCGCCGCCUCCAACAAACACAGGCCCAAGUGGAUGAGGUGGUGGAUAUCAUGCGAGUGAAUGUUGACAAAGUCCUGGAGAGGGAUCAGAAGCUGUCAGAGCUCGACGACCGUGCUGACGCGCUGCAAGCUGGAGCUUCACAGUUCGAGAGCAGUGCAGCUAAGCUAAAGAACAAGUACUGGUGGAAGAAUGCAAAGAUGAUGAUCAUUAUGGGAAUUAUGGGGGUCCUUCUGGUCGGCGCUGCAUUCAUGUACUUCUACCACUGAUCUGGCUGCUGCGUACCAGCGCGUACCAUUCUGCCAGGAAAGCAGAUGACUCGUGUGACUUCCACCACACCUCAUACCUCACCCCUUCCUCCUAACCAAUGCAUUUUUGCCAACUACAGCACGUUUGUAGCCGUCUGUGCAGUGCCUCCUCCGUGCUUCCAUCUUUAUGCUACACGACCUCUGUGGCUUAUUUGUUAUUGCGUUCUCAUUCUCUCUUUGUGCUUCAUCAUCACUCUUUCAAGAAAUGUCAGUCACAUCCUUGCCGAGAAAAUAAAAAAAGGUAACUGAAGGGUUGAUCUGUUAUAUGAGUUUAAGUGUAAUCCAGGCUUGUAAAAAAAAAAGAAAAAAAUGAGUAUUACUACUUAAUUAAAUACUGGAAUGCAUUUAUUGUGUCAGAAUUUAAUUGCGUUUAGUAGUUUGUAGCAUUUAAAAGAAUGAUGAAAUUAAGAACUUGUCUUCUCUCAAUAUAAUCUCACAUUAAUACCUACAUGUGUUUUCCUAUUCCAUGUUUGGCCUCGUUUUGGAGGUGACGGUAUUCCCAAAGCUUUUGGAGGAAAACGUUCUCAGUGCAUAGUUAAUGUAGAUAGGAGAAAGAUUGGAUGCAGUUUAUUUUCUGAAAGUCGGUCCUGAUAAGUGAACUAUGCAAAGUCGAGAACAGUGAGCUGUACAGUAAAAUACAGAUAAGAAUGUCAUGCAGCAUCCUUCAUUCGGCACUUUUGCAGGGGCAAAUUCUAUGCAAGCUUAUGUAUUUUCAUAAUAUUAAAACAUCUCAUGACAGACAGCUGGUUCGUGUGCAUCGUUUCAUAUUUAACAGCAUGUCAGUUUGCCCAUCAAAUGCUGAUUCUAGUAAAGUAUUAAAAUAUGUUUGCCACCUGUG